CUAAAAAUCCAUUAUGGCGGGUAAGGCAUCUUUUAUUCCGCCGGUGAUAGAAGAUAAUCCCGAUGGUUGGGGCCCUUGUGCCAUUCCGACUGCUUUCAAAGACAUACCAUAUCAGCCAUUUUCUAAAGGAGAUCGUCUCGGCAAGGUAAAAGGAACACUUUUUGGGUUGAACUCGCUCGGAAAUGCCACGUCGCUUUCUGAUUUCAGUCCUUAUUUUAAUACGCUCUAAAACAAAUUUCUUUAUUCAACGAAUCAAUUUGAUUCCGGUAUUAAGGGCUCCAGUCUCUUGUUUUCAUGUUUUUAUUUAAGGAAACGUUCUAAAAAUAAGGGAAACUUUUCAAGUUAAGAAACACUUCAAAUGAUGAAAAUUGCCUCGAUUUCUUGUUGUUUUUUCCUGGACUUUUUUCCUGAAUUGUGUGAUCGUCUUUUCAGGAGAUGUCAGUUCUUUUUCUAAAUUCAACCACUGUGAUCAUAUUUCUUAAGUAUGGGAUACGAUAUCUUAAACUGAGGAUGAUAAUUGUAGGUUGAAGAAUCCUGAUUCAGCAGUGAUGUAGGAUAAGUAGGUAGAUACGUGUGUAUAUCGAAUUGCUCUGGUGGGAUAAAAGUGUGACUGUACUUGGAUUUAAAAAAUGUACAUUUGUUUUUAAGAAAAUAGAAAUAGAGUGUUGACUUGAAACUAUCAGUGAAGUCAGCAUCAAUUAUCAAAAAUUUACUUUUAGAAACAGAGGGCAAUUUAACAGAAGUAUAAAUAGCCAUGUACAUAUAAGUGAUUGUCAACAGGGUGUUUAGGUUAGGGACAUGGUAUGAGAGUCAGUGUGAGGGGAAAGGAAAGAAGAAAUGUUUGUAGGGGAAGAUGUAUCUUUUACUCAAAGAAUGUGAACAAAGUCUCCUCUUAUAUUGAGUUGUGUUUUAAAUUUAUACCAUUAAGAUAUCUGACUGGACUGGUGGCACCUAUCAAGAUCGGAGAUACAUGAGUGAGUAUUCCACUUUGCAUAAUACUUGUAUUUUGUUUAUGUGCAGCUUUUCAUUCUUGUUACACCUCUGCACCCAUCUGUCCCAGUGCUCUAAAGAAAUCAAUGUCAAGCUUGGGAAAUUCAAGAAACAUGUCUCAAGGGUAAAACUUUUCGCUAAAAUAUUUUGUGGAUGAAAAAUUCUCAGUGAAACUCUUUAUAGCUGAAUAACAAGAGGUUAAACCUACUUUGGGUUCAAAGAUACUUGACAUAUUCAGUAAUAGGAGUUUUGUCCAUUUAGAUAAAUACCAGUCUCAGUUUGGAGCGGGAAAUCAAAUGUUCUCUUAUUACCAUGAGGAGGAUGAAUCAUCUUUCCAGCUAGUGGACACCUCACGUCCACAGCGUCCCCUUUACCAGAGAAAUAGGAACAGGUUUGGACAGGUAAGUAAAUUUAAACAUUGUAUCCUUUCCGGAAUGGUAAGGGAUGAAAAUAUUCACCUGUGAGUUAGGAGAGAAAGACUGUUUUAUCUUUCUUGAACAGUUUAUAGACUUGAUGUGAAAUAAAUUGAAAAGUUAGUGGAAGCUUACCAUCCAUCAAUAUUAUAGGGCAAAAUCCAGAAGCUUAAUAUUCAUGGGAGGUACCUUUUAUAAUGCUUUACAAACAAAUCAAUUGUUGAGUGUUUUUUUUUGGAAUAAUUGUAGAGAAACAUGAGGAGGGACCAGCGAAACCAGCGAUAUCCAGCAGGGGGAAUGCAAAGUCUGUCAAAGAACCAGAAUAGGCAGAAAUUCUCACGGAAGAUGCAACGGAACUAUGGACGUGGACAAUGGCAUGAUAGAAAACCAGCUGUAAGUAUUCAUCGUCCUGGGUUUAUUUACAUAUGAAAAUGAGAGCCUUGUGCAUGAUCUGUCUUCCUGAGAAACAAAGCAAAAGGAAGAGUAAAGAAAGGCUGCAGUCACUUAUUUUGACUCUAUUACAUCAAACUUAUUUAAGGAGUAAUGUUACAUGUCAAAUAUAUAUCAAAUUUAUGUAGACAAGUGUCUUCUCUGAAAUAUCCUCUCCUUUUAGCUUUGGGUUUUCCCAUCACAAUCUUAAGGUUCCUAUGAUGUAAAGAAGUACUGUACAGGACAGUGACUGUAUUUACUCUACCAUCUGAUUCCUUAGAAACAUUUGAAACCAAUCUAUAGAUUAAGUGGAACAUAAUGUCUCAUUGCUUAUUCUAGAAUAUUCACAAAAGAGCACCUUCUGUAGCAGUUCGUGAGGAAUGGAAAGUUUUGGAGGAUGGUGAAAUGGAUUUUCCACGACUUUCCAAGCUGAACCUGCCAAACGUAGAGGAACCUGAAGAUUUGUGAGUAUUAAAGACUUUCUAUUGUCAUUUACAUGAUUAUGAAAGGACUAUAUGAAGGGUUUAGAGUAGGAUUAACACUAAAGUUGUCAUUAAAUCCCUCCAUUCCAUCCUCAGGUAUGAGUGUGGUAGUUUAGAGUUUUAUGAAAAAAGUUAUGAUCGUGUGACAACAAAGAAUGAGGUGCCUUUAGCUGGAGUGAAUAGAAUCUUCCACAAAGUUACAACUACAGAUGACCCUAUCAUCAGGAAGGUAUGUUUAAACCCAAUGACCAUUGGUUUUCAAGACAAUAUGAACUUUAUCAGCUUGGUAAUGUACAAUCUGUAUAAUUGAGAUAUGUCUGUUCAUUGCAAGUUUGGCAUGAAUGCAUAGUGUUGUAUGGUUGUUACUAUUUUAGCAAAAGCUGUAAUUGUAUAAUUUUCUUUUCAGUUACUUUCCAAGGGAAAUGUUUUUGCUACUGAUGCAAUAAUAGCUACACUCAUGACUGCAACACGAUCUGUUUACUCCUGGGAUGUUGUAGUGCAGGUAUUGUAAAUGAAUGAAUUUAAACUAUAUAAAAUUAUACUUUAGGUACCAAUUAUCACAAUGAAAUGCUCUCCCAAGGAGACAUGCUCAGCUUUUACAAAAAAACAAAUAGCCCUAUAAUUAUCAUGAAGGAGUUCAUAUGAGUAACAAGAAAACAUUUAAAUAACUUCUGAUAAAUCCUAUUCAAUUUUUAUGGUAUCCCCAGCCAAAUGCACAACCACUGCAUGGUCUUACAUUUGGUUGAUGUGUAACAUGAAUCAUUGUGCAGUGUAGAAUAUACCUUGUCAGUUUUACUCAGUUUAAACAGUUACCUGUAAAAGUACUCAACUCAUACUCAAUUAUACUUUUUAGGUGAAACUUAAAUUAAAUAAUUCUGUUGUUUUACAUAAGUUUAUUCAUUUCAAUGGUCACAGACCACCAGGGGUGCAAUGCGCAGCCUUGAGAGAAUAACAGAAAGAGGUGUGAUGCAAUUCACAUCAAUAAUUAUUUUGAUCGUAACUGCAUAGUUUUUUGGUCAGUUUCCUGAUAGUUGUCAAUUUUUUAUAGCGAGUUGGAUCAAAGUUGUUUUUCGACAAGAGAGAUGAUUCUGAAUUUGGUAGGUUUCAAGUUGUAGAAAGUUGUUUUUAUAUGUUACCAUGAAUGAUAUAGCACAAAUGAGAUACAAAGAGUGCUGCAAAAUACAAUCACAUAAAUUUACUUGGAAUGCACAACCUCUUGGUUUGAUAAACUUAAGACUAGAAUAUUUCACAACAAUGAUGAUGAAAUUCUUGGGACUGUGUGAAGAGUGUUACCAGAUGUGCUGUGUCUCUGUAUGAUAGAAAAUAAUCUAAUUGUUGGACUCUGCCUGCUGUCCAUAACACACUUAAAUCAAGAUCACAGCUUCUUGAUUGACACAUUUUCUUAACAACCCCAUUCUACAGACUGUCAAUAAAAGGAACCACCAUGUGCCCUAUAUUCUGUUUAUGCCCUUUUUUCUUGUUGUUGUUGUCUUUUUUCUUCAUAUGACAGCAUAUAAUGUAGUAAUAAACUUACAGUCUGCACUUGGCUAUGGUCUUUGAAAGUAUUGUUUAAGUACCUGUUUCAUGUACAUUAUCCACAUCUUCUCCACCAUAGGUUUUAAGUCUUUGGGGUCUGUUAGCAUUCCCAGGUCCCCUCAGCCAAAUGGAUUGUGUACCAUUGACUUCUCUGUAUUUUUAGAUUUACUAACAGUGAGUGAGACUGCACAUGAUGUGGCUUUUGAUGAAGGAAAUGGAAUUAAUUCUCCCACAAAUCUUGGCCUUGAAGCAACAUUCAUCAAUCAAAACUUCUCACAGCAGUGUCUGAAGAAAGGGCAAGACAAAAAAGUAUUUCCCAACUCUAACCCAUUUGUUACUGAUGAGGAUGAGGCACAAGUAGCGUCUGUAGCAUACAGGUAGGUGUAGUUAAUUUGACAGACAGAUCAAGGAUAGAGUUUAGCCAUUUUAAAUUAAUAUGCACAUGUAAACUGGAUUGGUUUUUCUUUCUUCUUAUGGAGUACAGUACUUGCACAUCUCUCUAUCCUCAUACAGCUACUCACUGCAAGGUUAUCAAUACUUGCAGUGAUUACAUAGCUGAGGAAUAACAAAGUCUGGAUCUUUUCACAUACCUGGGACAGUUACCAGCUGGGUGUGAUGUAUAAUUUAGAGACAUUUGAUCAUUAUAUUUGAUAAAAUACAGACAUACUACAUAUAAACCUUGAGACAGGCCAUUAUGAUAAAGACAAGCUAAAAUUAUCUUUACUAAUGCCUACCAUUGUACCAUUAACAUUGCCUAAAAGUCAAAUCUUUUGAUUUGUCUCCACAAAAUUUGAAUUUGAAUAAAUUAGACAUGUUCAUAUUGCAAUGUAAACAGUGAUACACCAACUAGAUCACUUUGCUGUUUUUUAAGCCAGGCAAAUGUGACACAUAGCAGGGCAGCUGGGAUGUUUGAAGUGCUGAAAGUUUUCUCUUGCAAGACCUAGCAAAGGGGGGAGUCCUAAUCCUGUUUCAUGCGCAAAUGUUAGAGAAAUUCACAUGUCACAUACAUGUAUAUAAAAGGGAAAACUUUAAAUGUCUUUUCUUGCAUACAAGGUUUCAGGGAAAUCUUGAAGUUUCAUGUAAUGAAAGAAAAAUUCAAGAGUCACAUAUUCGGGGAGGCAAAUAUUGCCUCACACUGGUUCAUGAAUUUAUGAAUCAGGCUGGCCUUUCUGUAAAAUUCAUGCUUCAGUUUUGGCCUUAAUGACAUGACAAGUAUAAACCCCUUUGCCAAUCUCCUAGUGUCUUGUGUCAGUUGAUUAUAUUGUUUCUUUUUCAUUCUCUCUCUGAGGAUAUUCUACCCAUUCUUAAGGGUUUCCAUUGUGUCUCUUGGUGAUGUGUACACUGUAACAAGUGCUUUUGGCUCUGAAGUGUCAUGCAGGGAAACGAAUUUCAUGGAUUUGUUUGACCUACUUAUGUUCUGUUUUAAAAAGCCCUAAGUGAUAAUUUCAUCGAACAUUUAUUUGAUUUUGCUUCUUGAAAUCAACCCUUUCACCAGUAGUUCUCCUUACUGUCUGUCAUACAUUCUUUUCAUGUUAUUUUUGAGAAUUUGUUAUUGGAGUCACCAUCAAUCCCCUGACUUAUUGGUAUUUUUCUUUAUUUCCACCUCUUCUCUGCUUGAUAUUGUAUUCUCAUUGUAAGGAUAAAUUAUGUUCUGGUCACUCAGGUAUCGCAAAUGGAACCUGGGCGAUGGAAUUGAGCUGAUUGUGAGAUGUGAACAUGAUGCUGUAAUGCUGGGACCAAAUGGAGAAGAAGCAUACAUCAAUAUCAAGACAUUGAAUGAAUGGGAUCCAAGGGUUAGUGGUUAAUAACUGCACCUGUACCUACCCUGUAGCACAAUUCACUUAAUUAAGUGAAGAAUUCGUAAGGAGAUGUAAUCAUUGUUGUUAAGGUAGCAUUUAAUGAUGUAAGAGUAGUUUGUGAACUUUAAUCAAUGAGCAAUCAAAAACAGACCUGUAAUUGGCUGAUUAUCUGGUAAAGACUUAAUUUUGUUCAAAACAUUGACUAAGCGUUUGUUCACAUGGAGGUGGGGGACCCCAGUUAGGUAAGGUAACCCACCUAGGUGGAGUAACCUGCCUGUCUGUAUAAUUUCUUAUUUUAUUUUGAUAAUGUUUACAUGAUAGUUGGGGUGACCUGCCUAGGCAGGUUGCCCGGUCUGCCAAGUAGGGUAACCCUGUUAGCUGGGAUGACAAUUUGCCAUGUAAACAUGUCAAGGUGGGGUAACCGCUUAGCUGGGGUUAUGUUCAUGGCAAAAAGCUCAAAAGCGAAACAUGUUUGUUUUAAAACUUAGUACAUUUCUUAGCCAUCUCAUAGCAGAAAUCACCAGAAACCACAACGGACACACAAGGAGUAUAAAGUGUUCACAUUUUGGAAUAUUUAGCAUUGUAAAUUGACCAUAUUAAAUUUUGGUUUCCCAAACUAUUCCAUAUAAUGUAUUAAGUCAAUGGUUCCUCGUGAAACCAAACACCGCGUAACAAUGCUUGAUGCUUUCAUGAAUAAAUACACAUGUGUCUAAGAAUUAAUCUUUCAUCUUUUUCGAGAUGUGAACUUGGGAUGCCUUUCCGCAAAUUCCUUAAUUGCAAACGCAACAACAACCUCAACACCCCAGGGUUGUAUGAUUGCAUGUAAAUGCGUUUUGUCUUUUGACCACGGCUAGGCAGGUUACCUCACCUCCUAAUACUCAUCUUUUUCAACUUAAGAAAAAAUCUCUUAGGCACUGAGUAUGGAAAGCAAACAUAACAGAAAACUUAUCAUGCAACUCCUCAAAGACCACUUAGGCCACUGACACCAAUAUUUCAUCAAUGUUUGGCAAUGGAUAACCAUAAUUACUCACAAUAAAUAUAUAAAUAGAUGAUCAUUGAUUAUCAAUAUUAAUUGAUGUUGAUGUGCUUUUAUUAUCCAUUAACAUCAAUUCACUGAUUAUUAUCAUUAUGGGAUAAUUUUUCAGUUAAUUUUUACUGAGAAUGGAGAAGAAACCUCAAAGUUAGGUUACUUAGAAUUAUAUCCUUUUUCUUUGCAUUGCAGUGUGAUAACACUAAUUUCUACAUGUACUAGUGACAUAAACAUAAUCACUAGUAGUUUUCUUGUAGAUAUACCAAAACUAUUCCAUGGGUUAGAUUCUUUCAUUGUUAUUGAAUUACAUUGUACUCUGUGUAUUAUAUAUUUCUCAGUUCAAGUUAGCAAGCUGUGAUUUAAAGUCAUCUUUAUCAUCAAAAUCUCAUAAGUUUAUCACUGAUUGUUCUGUUAUUGUUGUUCUGUUGUUUUGUUGAUAUUUUCUCUGAAUAGUGUCAAAUUGUACUACUGACUGAGCAAUGAUUUAAAAUUGGCAGGCUAUUGGUGUAGAUUGGCGUCAGAAGCUGGAUUCUCAGCGUGGUGCUGUACUAGCGACAGCAUUAAGAAACAACAGCUGCAAAUUGGCAAAGUGGACUGCUAGUUCCAUACUAGCUGGAUCAGAAUAUCUCAAACUAGGGUAAGACAAAGCCUUAACUGUAAGCAACAGGGAUAAUUGUUUGUUUGUAUAGUGAAUGUUUAUUGAGAAAUCAGACUCAACCAGGUCUUAAACAGGGUUUGAGUUACUUGGUGCCUGCAUAUUCUUCUUAUUAAUUAUUUUCUUCAAUCCCUAAUGUUGCUUUAUUGAGGGAAUCAUUAACCCUUAUGAUUAUGAUAACCCCACCAUAAAUCAAUAAGUCACCUGGAAAGCAAUAAUGAACUCACCAGUGACAGAAACAGAGUUUACCACUGAUCUUGGUACAUGUACAUGAAGACAUUUUUCAUUUUAUGUAAGGUAAAUUGAUUCAACUAUGUAUUAUGCUAAAUAGUUUGUUCAUUUCAGUCUGGAAGUUUAUAUUUUCAAGUUUCUUUUAUUUGGGGAGGGGGGGGGGAGAAAUACUUGCAAGAAUCUUGUCAAAGGGUGAGGGGGUUAAAAGAGGCUUUGGAGACCCUCUUAAUUUCAUUCUUUACUCCUCCCUCAUAAGAGGAGAAGCUUUUUCUCAUAUCCUGAACAGCCGCUGGUUAUUGAGCCCAAGUUAAAGGUCCUAGUUUAUCUGAAUGUUUGCUAACUGUUUCACUCUAAAUGGUUUGAGCCCAGGAGUAACGUUCAUCCUAAUAAUAAGUAAAUUCUAUGUCUUCAUCCUCAUAUUGUGCACAACUAAUGUUAACAGCAUGCCAUAGCUGAUCAUUCAGUGUCAAAAAUUAAGAUCUUCUUUUUAAGGCAAUCAAUUCUUCUGUUUACUCUUAGUCACAUGAUGACUCCAGCUGAGAUUUUUCCAAAGUUAUUCAUUAUAACCAAUAGCAGUGCUUUUGAAGACUGUUUUCUGCACCCCACGAUCUCCCAGAUCAUUGUUGGUCUGUUAUUCAGAGUGUUACGAAUUUUGCGAGGUAGCUUUAACAAUUUAACCGAGUACUUUUUAAAAUUCUCUUUCCUGUCCUAUCAGGUAUGUGUCUCGCGUGAAUUUCAUGGAUUCUUCAAAGCAUUCGAUCCUUGGUACACAACAAUUCCGUCCUAAGGAGUUUGCAACUCAGAUAGCCUUGAACAUGGAUAAUGCCUGGGGAAUACUGAGAUGUAUCAUUGACACCUGCAUGAAAUUAAAUGACGGAAAGUACCUCAUACUAAAAGACCCCCUAAAGGUAAAUUCAUGUCCAUCAUUGUACAGUGCUACUGUAUUAUUAAAAUGCAGGCAGAAUCCACGCUGGUGAAGUUAACGUCUUUACCAUAUAUAGCCUGUUCUUAUGUUAUUCCUCGGAUGGUACACGUCACAAACGGUUAUUCAGUUGUGGUGAUCAUAAAUUCGAGGCAAAUCAAUUCUGGAUCCUUUCGCUAUCCAUGACAGUUUUCAGACAUGGUUUGAUAUCGAAUCCAGAAACAGGUCUUGUAGUGCUGUUUCAUCCAUUUAUCUUUUUUUUUCUGUUUCUUCAGUUAUCUUAUAUUCGCACUUCAACUUAGCUACCAACAGAAGACUUUUCCAACUGAGUUGAUCGUUUGGCCUUCCUCUAUGAAACAAACAUUGAAAUUAAAAAAAAAUCUUUCAGCCUGGUAAUUGUGCCAACUGAGGGAAUUGUUGCAAGUUAAAGUGUUGCCAUUAGCUUUAGCAGGCUUGGUCAGAUCAGGGGGUCGCAUAUAAGAACAAAAUAGGAAUUUAGUCGAAAUCGUAGUGGAAGUCUUCUUCAAAGGGGUAUUCAAAGUCGUAGUCGAAGCCCCGAAAUCACCAAGUUCUCAACGCCUGGGCGUUGAUCCUUGCUUGUGUCAGUCUAUCACAAGAGCGUUACUGUGGAUAUCUCCAUACCCCCGUCACCUCGAACCUGCAUUACAUUGUAUUUUGCAUUGCUGAUUAUGUUCCUCCUUGAAUUUUAAGGGUGUGGUGAGAAUAUACGACAUUCCUGAUAAUACGUUUGAAUCAAGCGACGAAGAGGACGACGACGAGGAGGAAGAGGAGGACGACGAUAAAGGUGCGUUG